UAAAAGGCAAAAAACGUUGAACCCACUUGGCCAGAGGCCAUAUUCUCUCUCUUUCACUAGUAUAAAUACAUCAGAAAUGGGAGCCAAUUGUGUGACAAGAAGGGAAAAAACGAGUGCUGAUCCGAAGGAGUUGACAGAAAUUGAAACUGCGAUGGGUUCCGGCGGGUCGAACUGGACGGCGAAGCAGAACAAAGUUUUCGAGAAUGCUUUAGCGGUCUACGACAAGGACACGCCGGACCGGUGGCAUAACCUCGCCAGAGCGGUCGGCGGAAAGACGGCGGAGGAAGUGAAGCGCCACUACGAACGGCUCGUCGAUGACGUCAACAAGAUCGAGACCGGCCAAGUUCCGUUCCCCAAUUACAGAAAAUCCGCCCACGGACCCAGAGGAUUCUGCUUUAUCGACGAAGAAAAACGUAUGAGGAGUCUACGGCUGCACUGAAGAAGCAUGAAUGUGUGUGGGGAUGAGAGUUCCAUCUCUCAUAAAACUUUUUCAACUAAAAAUUGCAAUGUUCGACCACCAAAGUUCAAUUAAAUAUAUGAAGGCCAAAUGUAGCUGGUUUUCUUCAGCCAUCUUUAUUAUCUCUAUUGUAAUCUCUAGUUCUUUUCUUCUCUUUUAUCAUGAGUUGUUUGUUUGAUAUCGAAUAAAUACUUGUACUAAUAAAAGUUUUUAAUUUUACUCUA